CGCGAAGCGAAUUCGCUUUGCUCUGCUCCAGCUCUGACAGCUUCUGUUGGCUCCAGAGACGCAGGUCCAGAGUGAUCCAUGAUGAGCUGCAGUCGCCCCUGUGUCUGUAGCCAUGGCACUAAUGUGGAGGAAAAUACAUGGUAUGGGGGUGAUUUCUAUCCUAAUCUCUUCUACAACGACUGGCUGGGUACCACCACUCUCCCCUACGACCCAGAGAGAAUCCCCAUCCGGUAUAUCAACCGACCCUGGCCCUCACUGUGUUGGAAGGUCACCGUGUCCGUGGCCUCUCUGUUUCUCCUGCUGGGUGUGGCAGCCCUGACCACUGGCUAUGCAGUGCCCCCCAAACUAGAGCUUGUUAACGAAAGUAAGAUCUCAUCGAUGGAGGACCCAGUAGCUGACUACAACCAAGCCCUGAUGACCUGUCGCGUGGUAGGAGCGACACUGUGUGGGGUAGCCGGGGUCAUGUUGGCCGUCUGCCUCUUCUUGAUCGCCUCUGGUUGGAUGAUCCAGGACCUCAAGGCAGAGCCCCUAGUCACUGAAGCUGACAGUCCCGUGGAGGUAUUCAGGGAUGAGCCUGAGAAGCUGUCCCCUACCUUCCAUGAGUCCAAUAGUCAGUCGCCGCUCUUGACUCCGCCCAGCCCCUUUGGGCAGCAGUCUGUGCAGACCAGCCAACCCCAGCGGGACUUGUAGAAGUCAGACACUUCCCGCCUGGCACUCCUUGUUUUCAUCAACCUGACUUUUUCCUCUCAGUAGCGCCAAUCUCUCUAGGAUCCUUAUAGCUCACCCCUCCCCUCAAAUCAAGCCCCAUGCACCAAUCUCACCCCUGCUUAGGACAAGGGCAAACUCAACCAAGAACUGCUUUUUCAGACUAGUGAAACGUCCUAGAGAGGGCCCAGAAAAGGCCCAGGAAGGCUCCGGGGUCUUCCUGACAUGACCAACGAUCUGAGUUCUAUUUCUCAGACCAACAAGGUGGAAGAGGAGAACUGGCUCCCUCCAGUUGUCUUCUGACCCUCACCUCCAACCCCCCCCCCACACACACAAAGAAAGGUAAUAAAAAUAUAAAUUCCAAGGAUUAGGGAAAGUGGAAUGGUUCUGCUCUUCCAAGUACACCCCCUAGACGGCAAUGCCCUCUGGACUUGAUCCUGACCCUAUUAAUAAACCUGUGCGCACUCCUUUAGGCCCCAGCACCUUUUUCCUGUGAGUGACCCAGCCAAAAGCAUGUCCUCCUGUAGGACGCUAGAGGGCGCACUAGGACAGCGUCGGAUCCUGUCUCUGGCAACCCCUGCAAGCCCAUGAGGCUUCCUGGGUGGGAGGAAGAGGAUUCGGGCACUCCCCACCACCUUUGCUGUUGUACUUUACAGGUCUCUGUUUCUCACCUCCUCCAUCUUGCUUCGCCUUUCAAUAAACAGUUGAUGCAUACUA